AUGGGGUGUAUCAUGGACACGCCGCAGCGUGUACGCCCCAAACCAAAAGACAAAAUGCAAUCACCACUCAGUUCAUCUCUUGCUGAUCCAAUGCAGUCGAAUGUAAUUGAUUCAAAUACCCUCAAGAAUGAUUUUAUUAACAUCAUGCAAGGAAUUCAGCAGCUCCCUAAACCCGAUAAAACUCAACCCGUCGCAUGCUUUUCUAAACUUUCGUUUCCAAUUCUCAUUGCACCGCUUGCUUUGGAUUCAGGCGAUUCUACUGGCGUAAAUUUGCCGGUUAUUGGCAUAUCCCGCUUUGAGAAAGGGCGUGCCGUCGCCUUUGGAAACACUCGCAUUCUAUUGGAAUGCAAUAGAGAAAAUACAGACGCUUCUGCUUUUCUUGAGAAUAUAAUUAAGUGGGCAUCUGGCGUCAUUAGAGGAUAUAUAUCAGUCCUCAUAGUCGGCUUUCAAGACAAAGAAGCUGAAGUAAUCACCAAGAAUGCAACAGGCUUUGGAUUUAGAAUUGUCGUACAGAAAGACUUAGAAAAUAUUCAACAUCACCAUGUUGUUAUCGUACCAAGUGAUUUUGACGAUCCUGAAUACACUCUUUUGCAAUUUAUUCAAAAUGGCGGUGGUCUAAUUUGUACAUUACAGCCACCAACUCCUGGAGUAGAGCAGGAACGUUAUAGAAUGAACAGUAUUCUUACAGAAUGCGGAUUGGGAUUCCCUUCAACCAAUUUAUUGGCCGGCCCUGUAAACGCGCCACAGUUGAAAGUUAAUUUCCACUUAUCCGCAUUAGGCAAACUUACUUUCCCUGGUCUGUCACAAUCUCUCAGCGAAACACUCAAUAAUCCAGUUAUCGAUAUUACAGAAUUAGACUCUGGUGUAACAGCAGUUCGUUACAAUGUUUCUUGCAUGCCGCAAGAUACAAACCCAGAGCUUGUCCAGCUUGCUGCUUCAGCGCUUGGUUAUUUACGCUCACAUAAUUUCGAUACUCCGGAAGGUUUAUGUCCAGAUAUUUCUCAUGGCGUUAUAUCAGUACUUUUAUGUGAAAUCAUGGCCAAAUUAUCAGCACAAGACUUCGCUGGACAUGACUUUUCCGAAAGAUUCCCAGAAAGAGCUUCUGAAGAGCCGUCAGAACAAGAUGUUGGCACCGUCAGACUUACACUACAGAACGAAGGAUGGUAUUCUACAGGUUACUGGCUCACAGCUGGCGUUGUUGCCAAAAUUACCUUAAAUGAAGUACCUCCAGUUCCAUUAGUAGUCCAAGUUGGCAUGCACGCCGAAGCCAUUUUCACAAAAGAAGGUCCUUGGAAGCGCUGGCCAAUGAUUACAACAACAUUCGAGUUAGAUGAAGUUACAGAGAUCGCAAAUCCAUUUGGCGGCAUGAUCUACAUUAUAUUUGAUCGCUCUGUCAACACUCCAAUCACAAUAGAUAUGACAAUUGACCAUGUUUUCCCAUAUCCUCUUUAUUCACCUGAAGCACCAGAUACAUGGGAGAAAACAAAGGACAGAGGAGCUCCUUGGGCAGAAGUAGAGACAUACUACAUGACAUUCGUUGCUCCUUCCAAAGUAGUUAGAGCUUGUCCGAACUUAGAAGCAAAUUGUAAGAUGAUUGACGGUUUAAUUGAAUCUGUUUUAGAAUUUUUAGGUGACCACAGUGAGCAUAAGUUCCGUUGCAUCUUCGAUAUCGAGCUCAUUGACAUGCCAGUCUGUGGAUAUCCUAUCAUUAUGCAUGUAGAUAACGCAGAAUCUUUCUUUUCAGAUACAAAUCCAAGUGAAUCUUUAUUUGUUCUCACAACAUUUGUAGGAAUGUUGUCUUUGCCGGAAGGAGCUUUCGAUGCUGGCAAAGAGUCAAGCCUUGCAUGUGCUGCUGCUUGCGCUGCAUUCCUUAAGAUGUGGCCGCGUGUAUCUCCAUUGGAUUACUCGAGAGAUAUGUUGCCGCCACAGUUCAAUGAGUUGUGGAAUAUUUACAAGAAAGAUAACGGAAGAACGAUAACAGCUGCCAUGAUAUCGAUCAGACAGAUGGAAUUCAAGGAUAACGAAGAUGUUUGGGCGACAUUCAUCUCUGAGAUACAAAUGCAGACUGGACUUUCGUUGGACCACCUCAUUUCAAAUCAAAAUGAAGUCAAGGCACAAAGUUCUUUGGCUGUCGUUUCUUCAACAUCAUCGGCAUCACUUCAGUCAUUCCAGUUGAUCGAAUAA